AUGUCUCAAGUUAACAGGGAGGUAGGCCCUGUAGCUGAUUUGGGUGAUGGAGAUGGCAGCAAUAGCCAUUUAAAUAUAAUUGAUAACAAUGGCAUCAGUAAUGGAACGAGUGGUACAAAUAAGAUGGAAAUGCCUGAAUUCAUGACUCAAAAGCCACUAAUAUCAAGAACUACAACCGAUGUUGAUACAAACCCUGUUAUAAGUGAUAUGCAAGUCCCUACUCCUCUUGACAUAGCUAUAUCCAACGAUGAGCACGAAUCCAUGACUGAUGAACUGUCAGGAGAUGAUAUAAUUUCUACAAUACCUGCUGUGAGUGAACAACUAUCCAAUACACGAAGCAAUGAUAUAUCGAGCUCAGCUCUAAAGCUGGGUAGUUUUCCGAGCAACGACUUAGUUGGUGGUACUCAACCUAUUACAAAGUCCGAUUCGGAUAACCCGUCCCUUGGAAGAGGAGAGAGGCCGGCAUCCUUGCAUUUCUCUAUUGGUAACAGCGCUAGGACCAAAAGGUCUAGCAUCUAUGAAUCGAAAUCUACAGUAACCGCUAUUCCUAUCAGAACUCCAUCAAAGUCAAACCGAAAUGGACUCAACCAGACUCAUCCACAUUCGUAUUCAGAUAGAGAUGACGCGGUAUCUUUGAAGAGUGUAUCUUCAUCUUUAACUGCAUCUUUCUCAAGAAACUUCUUGUUCGGAUUCUACGAUAAGAAGCAGAAUGGUAAGGCCAAAGUCAAGAAUAUUCUGUCCAAAGAAUACUGGAUGAAAGAUGAAAGUGCCAAAGAAUGUUUUAAUUGUGCUAAGCCCUUUACUACUUUUAGAAGAAAGCACCAUUGUAGAAUAUGUGGUCAAAUUUUUUGCAGUAACUGUAGCUUUCUCAUAUCCGGAGAAAACUUUGGAUAUAGUGGAAGGAUGAGGAUUUGUGAGAAAUGCUACGAGCAUUCUGUUAACUAUGAAGAUUCAAGUGAAGAAGAAUCUGAAGAAGAAAUGAGUCACGAUCAAGGAAGUACUAGAAAUCUUGAAGAAGACGCCUUUUCUUUGAAUAACGAUGAUAUACAAAGUAUUAUAACACAUGCAGAUGACCAUAAAGUACACUUAACAACCCCAGAACCACUGCCUAGAAUGGCUAUUCCUGCGACUAAACAGGGUGAAUCUUUAGAAAUAUCAUUCCAUGAUAAAUCAAAUAAUUAUGGUUAUCGUAAAAAUCGACCACGCCGGGGAACACAGGAUAGAUAUACAUUACAUGACCUUGACAUGCUUUCUCCGAUUCCUCAGGAAUAUAUCGACUCCAAGAAUUCACCAGAUAAGGCUAUUAUGGGAAAUAAAAGCUCUCAGCUGGGUCACAUUAGGCAAUCCUUUUCAAACUACUUAGGACAAAAGAAUGCCAAUAUUCUGCGACAGGAUACACCUAAUAAACUUAAUGUUAUGAAGACGUUAGCGAAUAAUAACUUUAAAUUUGAAUUCAAUUAUGAUAUGAACAACUUCCAAAGCUAUCUCAACAAAGAACGUCAACCACCUAUUUUACAUGACUCUCGGCAAAUGCCUCUGAUAUCCAAUCACAAUAGCAGCCCGAACUUUCAAACUGGCGUUUUGAGUAGUGACGAAGGUUCCGAAGAUGAAGCUUCGAUGUCGUUGUACACUGCUUUGAAUGAUACUCAUAAACAUGAUAAAAACCGCACCCGUACAACUAGAAAUUCUACAAAUUCCACGCAAAGAGCACAAGCUUCUUUACAGAGAAUGAGACAAAGAAGGAAAAGUAAAAGUCGUUCAGGGGUUUUCACGAAUAAUGGAAGAGGUGAAUUUAGUUUCUUAAAUCUGAGUGCUCCAAAUUUAGUAACGGUGGUGAAUAAUGACGCAAUUUUCAGCAAGAACCACAAUCCACAGUCAAAACAGAAAUUUGAAUCAAGCCUGAAAGAUCUGAGAAAGUCAUCCGCAAAUAUGUCUUCUUGGAGAAGGGUGUCAUUAGAAAAGAGAGAAGAGUUGAAUGAUGCUUGUAAGCUUCACAUAAACACACUAUUAAGGCAAGCAUUAGAUGAUCAAGAGAUCCAAAAUAAGGAAGAUUGGACAGCAAUAUUUGAAAAAAUGAUAUCACUAAUCCAAGGAAUUCCACUCGAUGCUAGAAAAUCUGGAGAUCUUGACUUCAAACAACAACACGUCAAAAUAAAACGUCUUCCUGGUGGGAAGGUUUUGGAUUCAAUGCUUUUAAAUGGUGUCUUGUAUUCUAAAGGACUUCCUCUAAAAACCAUGCCAAGGACUGUUCUAAAUCCACGUAUUUUAUUAAUUAUGUUCCCAUUGGAAUAUCAGAAACACAAUAAUCAUGUAAUUAGUAUUGAAUCAGUUGUUGCCCAAGAAAAAGAAUACACCAAAAAGCUUGUUUUAAGAUUACUUUCUUUGAAUCCAGACAUAAUCCUCAUCGGUACUACUGCAAGUGGGUAUGCUUUACAGUUAUUUCAAGAAGCAGGAAUCGUAGUUCAAUGUGACGUCAAACCUCAGGUUAUAGAAAGAAUAUCGAGGUUUACUAAUUGUGAUAUUGUAAUUACCAUGGAUAAACUUUCUAAUAAUGUUAGGUUGGGAACCUGUGAAAAAUUUGAAGUCCGUACAUAUAUUUAUGGGAAUUUGAGCAAAAAUUACACCUUUAUAACCGGUUGCAAGACUAAUGAUGGUAUUACUCUGGUACUAAGAGGAGAUACCAGUGAGGCGCUCCGAAAAGUUAAGGAUGUUGCAGAAUUUAUGGCAUAUGCUGUUUUCUCCAUGAAACUAGAGAGUUCUUUCUUUAAUGAUAAUUUCCUUCAGCCUAACAUUGAAGCUUACAAAAAUGUCCAGCUAUUGAAAAAGAAAAGCACAAACACUGUAGGUUAUUGUGCAGACUUCAUAAAGAAAUUCCACCAAAGGGUGCUUUCUGUCUCUCCAAUCGUAGAAUUUCCUGUACCCUAUUUAUUGGAGAAAGCGCGUAACGUCGAAAAAUUGCUCAUCAAUAAAAGAGAACUAGUUAUGAAAUUACCAAGUAAUUCAGAUAUCUUAACGUUUAAAGAUUCAGUAGAUCUUUCCAAAAUGCAACUAGAAACUGCGUUAACGCAACGUGAUUUGAAAUAUCUAAUAAAAUUCAUCCAUACAAAAGAAUGCGACGAAUUGCUACUGCUAUUUGAAAGACUGAAGAAGCAAUGGGAAAUAUAUUCUUCCUUAUCAAGGAAUAUGUUGGGAACAGGAUCACAUCAAAGUAUUUCUGUGCUCUAUUCUGUCAUUUCGAAGAAGACUACAACCCCUUGUAUUGGGCCGGAAAUUGUCACAAUUGACUUCUUUUGGGAAAAUGAUCUUUCCAUUGGCCAAUUCAUAGAAAAUGUUGCAGCUACAGCACUCAGACCUUGUGUAGAUGGAUGCGGUGGCCUAAUGAUGGACCAUUACAGAAGUUAUGCUCAUGGGAAUGGUAAAGUCGAUGUUAUUAUUGAAAGUUUACAAAGCAAACUACCAAUGCUGAAAAACCUAAUUUUCACCUGGAGCUAUUGCAAAAAGUGUGGAUUAUCAAGUCCAACACUACAAUUGAGCGAGAAGAGUUGGAGUUAUUCUUUAGGAAAAUAUUUAGAACUUAUGUUCUGGUCCUCACCAAAAAAUAUUAACAGUAUAGGAAAUUGCGAUCAUGACGUCGCCAAGGAUCAUUUGAAGUAUUUCAGUUUGAAUGAUAUUAUUGUAAGGAUGGAGUACUCAGAAAUUGAUGUUCACCAGUUAAUAACACCCAGCACAACAAUUACAUGGAAUCCAAAUAAGGAUAUAAAAUUGAAGGUUGAGCUAUACUACCAAAUACUUGAAAAGAUAGAUGCUUUUUAUGGUAGUGUCCUUGAAAGACUUAACAAAUUGAAAAUCGACAGUAUUACUGAUAUCAAAUUGAAUGCGGCAAAGGAAAGAAUAGAUGAAUUGAAGAAGAAUGUGGAAGAAGAAAAAUCUGUAUUGCUUUCAAACAUCGAAAACGUAUACACCGGAACUGAAGGAGACCAGCAUUUGAAGUUGAAUUCGGUCAUAAGAGCUCUUCAUGAUAACGCAGCAGGUUGGGAUACUGAGUUUGUUGAGUUUGAGAAGGAAUAUUUACCAACAGAGAAAGAUAUUGCCCGAAUCACUGCAUUACAGCUUAAGAAAAUGUUCACAGAUUUCAACAAAAUCUCAGAAGAGAAUGUAAACAGAGAACAUGCUGAAGAAGUGGAAACCAAUGAAAAGAAGCCAGAAACUGAUGAUACUCCUGUGAAAGAAGGAAAGCCGGAAGAAGAACCUACAAAUAUUCAGAAAAGGCCUGUAUUAACUCAAAAUGCAACGAUGCCAGUAAUCAAUAAGUCUUCGCACACCUUUGGUGAUCCAGUUGGACAACACGUUACACCAAGAAGGCAGUCGGUAGGGUCUUCCUUUGCUGAUACUAGUAAUUUAAGAAAGAUGAGUAUUAACAGUAACAAUAGCAACUAUACCCAGUAUAGCAAAGACAGAAAUUCGGAUACUAAAGUAGGUCAGCUCGCAAACUUUUUCGAUCAAAUACACUUCGAUGCUGUAACCAAAGAGUUUGAGUUACAAAGAGAAAUGGAAAGACUCAAUAUGAAUAAAACCAAAUAUCAAGCAAUGAGGGCAAAAUCUUUGAAACCAAUAGUAGAAGUUUACAAGAAUGUUCAGGCUGCUGUUCAAGAGCCGAUAAACGUAGAAAAAGGAGCUAAAAGCCAGUAUUGGAACUCCAAAACAGAGAAUACUAAAGGAGGUUCAGAUAAAGCACGAUUACUAAAUAAAGGUUUAGAGAAUGAGUUAGAACAAUCCAUUCAUCAGUGGUCAGAGCGUAUUUUAAAGAACCAGAAUAACGAACAAAAUAAUGACCUAACAACCAAACCAUCUAAUGAGCCUCUUCCACCUGUUACAACCAUUACAAAUGCCAACAAGGAUGGCACGAAGCUUCAAACCGAGCAUGUAGUAAUACCUUCUCAAAAAUCUUCCUUACUGACGGCUCUAUCUAACUUUUGGGCAGAUAGAUCUGCUUCUUUCUGGAAGCCACUUGCAUAUCCAACAUCUCCAACCGAGCAUAUUUUCAUGGAUAACGAUGUGAUUAUUCGAGAGGAUGAGCCAAGUUCGUUGAUUGCCUUUUGUCUGAGCUCCAACGAUUACCAAAAGAAAGUAAACUCUAUGAUACGCAACAUCCGUCAACCUCCUGGAAGUUUUGACUCCUCAGAGGAAAAGACUGAUUCUAACACUUCAAAAACUGAGGUAGCAACUUCAAAUACUGGUGAUUUUGAUGACAUUCCUAUUAAAGCAUCAAAUACCGAUCUAGAAAUGAUUAUGACAAAGAAAACUGGAAUGCAUUUACGAUACCAGUUCCAGGAUGGAUACACUGUUAUGUCAUGUAAGAUGUUCUUUUUUGAACAAUUUGAUGCAUUCAGGAAAAAAUGUGGAUGCGGAGAGGAAAACUUUAUUCAAAGUUUAUCUCGUUGCAUCAAAUGGGAUUCCAGUGGGGGAAAAAGUGGAAGCGCAUUUUUGAAAACAUUGGAUAAUAGAUUUGUCAUUAAAGAAUUAUCCCAUUCAGAGUUAGAUGCAUUCAUUAACUUUUCUUCAAGUUACUUCGAAUAUAUGAGUCAGGCACUCUUUCAUGAUCUCCCAACUGCCUUAGCAAAAAUCCUUGGAUUCUAUCAAAUCCAAAUCAAGAAUUCAACUACAGGAAAAAGUUUCAAGAUGGACGUUAUUAUAAUGGAGAACCUUUUCUAUGAGACGAAAACUUCUAGGAUUUUCGAUCUCAAAGGUUCAAUGAGAAAUAGACACGUAGAACAAACAGGGAAAGAAAAUGAAGUUUUAUUGGACGAGAAUAUGGUCGAAUAUAUUUACGAAUCUCCAAUUUUUGUUCGUGAGUAUGACAAAAAACUAUUGAGAGCAUCUCUAUGGAAUGACACCCUUUUCCUUGCCAAAAUGAAUGUCAUGGAUUAUUCUUUAGUUGUCGGGGUUGAUAACGAAAGCCAUAGCCUAACGGUAGGUAUCAUAGAUUGCAUAAGAACCUUCACAUGGGAUAAAAAGCUAGAGAGUUGGGUGAAGGAAAAAGGACUUGUUGGAGGCAGCACAAAGGAGCCAACAGUAGUUACACCAAGACAAUACAAAAACAGAUUUAGGGAAGCUAUGGAAAGGUACAUUCUCAUGGUUCCAGAUCCAUGGUAUCAAGAUACUGAUACUUAA